AUGCAUGCAACAAAGACUGCUAUCGAAAUCCUUGCUGAAGAACCGUUGAUGACACGUAAAAAGUGCUUUUAUAUGAUAUUUAUGCACGGUUUCUCAUUUUGCAUCUCGAAUGUGAUACUGUUUUUCAUAGCCAUCGAUAGGCUUAUAGCAGCUUUGUUACCCGUCAAAUAUCGAACAAUCAGCAGCAAAAUUUUUGUUAUUGUAACCCUUGUUGUUGCGUUCAUGUACUCGGCUCCAUUUACUUUAAUCGGUUUCAUUACUGCUGACGACGCUCCCGUCAGACCAUGUAAUCCAACAAUGGGAUAUAUACCAAAACUGUCGACCGUUUGGCAGGCCAAGCAGAAUCCUGCAAGUUAUAGACGGCAAGUACGUGGUACCAACUCGAUGCUCGUCAUGAUGGCUAUAUACUGCUGUACUGUGCUUACGUCGGCGUUCGUGCUGUUCAUCGCGAAUUUGCUGCCCAUUUCGAGAAAAACUCUUGUUUGUUAUUCAUUUUUUUGGAUUCGGCAUGGGAGUGUGCUUUCACAGUUUACAGGCCUGUCUGGGCAUACGUACCGUAGAAGAAGAAUAAAAGAAUUAGUAGCACACAUACCAGGGUUGCUGGUGCAGUCAUUUUCAUGCGUUUUUGCACAUAUGCAAAUUGCAAAAACACAUAUUGGGAUGAGGCUGUCUGUGUGUGUGUGUUUGUAUGUGUGUGGGUGUGUCUGUGUCUGUGUGUUCGCUCCUUUUGCCAUCCACUUUCAACUCGAGAAGCAGAAAAGCUAGAA